GGCCGAGGUGGUUCCGCUGGCUGCUGGGUACGCGGCGAGAGACUCCCCGGCUUGACCGCUCGGCCUGACUGCUCGGCUCGGGCUGCCUGCGAGCUCGGCCGCCGCCGACAUGGACUCCGCCGGCCAAGAUAUCAACCUGAAUUCCCCCAGCAGAGUGCUGCUCUCUGACUUCGUCUCGGAGGCGCCCGUCAGCCCAGGUGUGGGCGCGCAGACCCCGGCCGUGCAGGCCCUGACCGCGGCAGAGGAGGAGGAGCUCAGGGCCGAGCUCGUCAAGGUGGAAGAAGAGAUUGUGACCCUGCGCCAGGUGCUGGCGGCCAAGGAGAGGCACUGCGGAGAGCUGAAGAGGAGGCUGGGCCUGUCCGCCCUGGAGGGGCUGAAGCAGAACCUGUCCCGGAGUUGGCACGACGUGCAAGUCUCUAACGCCUAUGUGAAAACGUCUGAGAAGCUUGGGGAGUGGAAUGACAGAGUGACCCAGUCUGGCCUCUACAAGAAGACUCAGGAAACUCUCUCACAGGCGGGGCAGAAGACGUCAGCUGCCCUGUCCACCGUGGGCUCUGCCAUCAGCAGGAAGCUCGGGGACAUGAGGAACUCUGCAGCCUUCAAGUCCUUCGAAGACCGCGUCGGGACCAUCAAGUCGAAGGUCGCGGGUGGCGGAGAGAACGGAGGCGACCACCUUGCCGCCUCGGCCGCGGGCAGCGCCCAGCCCCUGCCGGAGCAUGCGCCUUUCUAGUCUCGCCGCGCCCUCCCUGCCGGCCAGCGAAGCACGGAGCCGCGCCGGCCGCCUGCAGUGGGCGUGCGCAGAUAUGUCAUGCGAAAGGUCACAGAGGUCAC